UUUCUGACUACCAUUGCUUUACUUCUUCAACUUUCUCCUUUUCAUUCUUUAAGCUUGUGUGUAUUUGGUUUUUCUUUUUUGGGUUUUACAAUUUUAUAUUUGUAUGGGUUUUAUUGUUUUUAUUGUUUGUGUUUUAGUUCUAUAUGAAAUUUCUAUUUCACCUGCCAUUUUAUAUAUAAUCUGCCAUUUUUUGUGCACUACUUGUAUUAUUGUAUACAUUUCUGCGAAUGAAACUUGGGUAACUCGUAUAAAAACGGAUAAUUCUGGUAAUUCUCUUUAUUUGAGGUGAUUUUACAGUAAGUAACACUGAUUUGGUUAGAUUGUACCAAUUGUCUAAUGGAUAACACUAACGGCCAGUUUGGUAGUCGUUAAUGAAUUGUGGUAAUGGAAAUGAAUUUGUAUGUAAAUUUGUGAAGAUAAUCAUUGUUCAUUCCCAUAAUGGUAAUGAACGUGUUUGGUAUUUUCCAAGUUGGGAUGGAAAUGUUUAGAGGAAAAUCACAUAUUCAAGAGUAGAAUUGUAUCAUUAUGGAUGUUGAUAUGGGUUUUUUUACGUUUUACUUUAGUUUUUCGUCUUAUGUUAUUGGUCCUGUUAACAUUAUGAUUUCUACCAAUGUUCUGUAUGUGGCUCUGGAUUUUUGAUCUGUUUAUAAAUUACUCGUAUAACUCAUUUGGCGGAUCUAGGGGGUGGCCUACCCAAGCCUCGGCCCACCCCAUGAUCCAUAAUGAUUAUAAGUAACCUAUCUGGGAUAGUAAUGCAAAUAGGUAUGGUGGAGCAUGUGGUUUUCAAAGAAAUUAAUCAAUAAGUUCGGCCCAUCCUAUAUAGAAUUCCUAGAUCCGCCAUUUAUUUUGGUAGACGAUAAAGAAAACAUUUAACUCUAGAGUGCACAUCUCACUAUCUAAAAACUUGUAAUCAAUUUCUUUCAGGAGACAAAUAUUAUUGCAAAAUGGGUGACAAUAGGUCCAAACAUGCUUCCAUAUCCCCAAAUUUGCAUAGUGUUAUUCAUCAAUCUUUUAUACCAUACCACAUUUUGUCCCACAAUCUAUGUAGAAAUCCUGCCAUUGCUGCACAAGAGAACUCCUCACCUGCUGUUGCUCCGACUCCAAGCCAACGAACCAACCACCUAGGUAACAGUAAAGCUCUUGUAAUGUCACAAGUUAUUGCAGGGUUGAUUGUGGCACCUAUCGAACGAGUCCAUAUCUUGAUGCAAUGUCAGAAUGAGAUGCUAAAAUCCGAUACACUCUCAAUCCCUUAUAAAGGAAUGAAAGAUUGCUUGCUCAGAACAAUAAAACAUGAAGGUGUUUUUUCCCUCUGGCGUGGUUACAGUUUAAGGGUAUUCGAGAUUGUUGGCGUUCCCACUAUCCUGAGCAUGAUCAUAGUUAAGAAGCAGCAGGCUGAGCAGAAGAAGAUAGAGGACAUCACUUUGAUUCAAUCUCUGAGCUUGGUAAUGAUUCAGGCACUGCAUAAACAGCCAUUGGAUUAUGCUCGAACCCGUCUUGCCUGCGAUGUCAAAGCUGCUCGAAUAUUGCACAAUUAUUCUUUGGACUCGAGUCCUAGAAGUAUCAGUAAUGGUGUUGGGAAUUGGAAGUUCAGUGGUGUUUUUGAUGUUUACUACAAGACACUGAAAUUGGAUGGCGUUCACGGUCUAUACCGUGGAUGCACUGCUGCAUGCGUUGGAAUGUUUGUAAACUAUGAGACCAGUAAACAGAUUCGUUCUCGCGACACCACAAGCAAGGAAAACAAGGGACGAAGAGGCUUUAUUGUACUCUCCUUGAAGGCAACGUUACCUUUCCUUGUCACAAGUGUAGUACAUUACCCUUUCAUUACUGUUAAUCGAAGAAUGAUGAUGACAUCCGGCGAAACAACCAAGUACAAAGGUGCCUUGGAUGCAAUUCAUCAGAUACUCAAACAUGAAGGAGUGAGUACAUUGUACAAGGGUGUAACUCCAUUCAUCAUCCAUCGGCUUGUUUUCAGUUAUACUACUAUUGCUGUGUUAAUAUCAGCCAGUUAUGGGCUUAACCUUAUGAAGUAGCGCUCGGAUCACCGGCUUAUACAGUUGAAAUUCCUGAUGAAUUGGGUUCAAAUUCAGCGAUCUCCUGAUACGUCCCUCGAGAAAAGAGAAAGACAAUCAAACAAUUCUUCCUAAAAAAAUUGUGUUCUUUUGUAAUGGCUUUCCUUGUUUUGCAUUAUAGUUAAAAAUGAAGGUUUAUUGUGAGUGAUGUUAGCUCAAAGAUUUGGAAAAGAUUCGAAUAGGUGGGAGUGAUAAAGGUAAUGGUUUUUGUUGCUUGAUUAGGUUGUUUUUGGUUCAAGCAAGAAAAUAGAAAUGAAACAUAAUAUAGGACUCACUAUGAUGAAUUGAUCAUCUUGUUUGGUGCAUAA